GUCCCACCACAGAGUCCACGGCUGCCUGCUGCGGCGGCGUCUGUUUCCGGACGCGCUGCCUCGCGGCUCCGUUGGGCACUGUGUAGAGGAUGUCGAAUGGGAGAGUCCCCCAAUCAAGUCAAACUCUGGAGCAAGACUGUUUACAAAAUCUGUGCAUCAGUGAUAAGGAAGACAUGAUAAUCAAGCAAGAAACUGAUGGCAGUGUGGAGGUGGAGGAAGUCCUCCCCUCCUGUUCUGUUCAUAGACCAUUCAGUUUCACUGAGGGGUGUUCUUCGGAAGUUCUCAAGAGAGGGCCUGCCCUCCUGCACAUCGACAGACAUCAGAUCCAGGCGGUGGACCCAAGUGCGCAGGCUGUUGAACUACAGGGGCUGGGUGUGGAUGUCUAUGACCAGGAUGUGCUGGAGCAGGGUGUGCUUAGGCAGGUGGAUAGUGCCAUCCAUGAAGCCAGCCGCACCGCCCAGCUCGCUGAUGCGGAGAAGGAGUAUCAGUCAGUCUUGGAUGACCUCACGUCAUGUACGACAUCCCUAAGUCAAAUCAAUAAAAUUAUCGAACAGCUUAGCUCUGAAGCUACCACCAACAGAGACGUCAACAGGAAAUUAGAUUCUGUAAAACGACAGAAGUAUAAUAAGGAGCAACAGCUAAAGAAGAUCACAGCAAAACAAAAACGUCUCCAGGCCAUCCUUGGAGGAGCUGAGGUAAAAGUUGAACUGGAUCAUGCCAGGCUGGAGGAAGAGGAUGCAGAACCGGGGCCAUCCUGUCUCGGCAGCAUGCUUAUGCCUGCUCAGGAGACUGCUUGGGAAGAGCUUGUCCGCACUGGCCAGAUGACACCUUUUGGUACCCAUAUCCCUCAGAAACAGGAAAAAAAGCCUAGGAAAAUAAUGCUCAAUGAAGCCUCAGGCUUUGAAAAGUAUUUGGCAGACCAAGCAAAACUGUCUUUUGAAAGGAAGAAGCAAGCUUGUAAUAAAAGAGCAGCUAAAAAAGCUUCAGCCUUGGUCAUAUCUGAGCUGAGCCCAACACUCAAUGAAAACAAACCACACGAAAGAAGCAAAGUUCUCUCAAAAACAGAUAAACGCUUGAAAAAGCACAUCAAGAAACUCCAGAAGAGAGCUCUUCAGUUCCAGGGGAAAGUGAGAUUGCUAAAGGGAAAGAAACCUUGGGAGUCUGGUGUGAGGCCAAAGGCAGAGGGGGACUCUGAGGGUGAAGUGUCUGAAUACUUACCCACGGAGGAGGAGUGGGAGGAGGCUGCAGGACCCCACCUGUCCGGAGAAGGCACCAACUGUGAACUGAAGCUUGGGCUCAAGCCCCGAAAAUGGCAGAAGAAAGUCACAGUGCAGGAGUUUGAUGAUGACUUUUUCCCAAAUUCUGGGGAUGAAGCUGAAACUGCAGGAAGAGGAAGAGGAGGUAGUUGGAAAGUAGUGCGAUGCCGAGAUGACGGAGAUGAAGAUUAUUAUAAGCAACGGUUAAGGAGAUGGAAUAAACUGAGACUGGAAGACAAAGAGAAGUGUGUGAAGCUUGAAGAUGAUUCUGAGGAAAGUGAUGCUGAAUUUGAUGAAGAUUUUAGAAUGCCAGGUUUUCUAUUCAAAAAGCUUUUUAAGUACCAGCAGACAGGUGUUAGGUGGCUGUGGGAAUUGCACUGCCAGCAGGCAGGAGGAAUUCUGGGAGAUGAAAUGGGAUUGGGCAAGACCAUCCAGAUAAUUGCCUUCUUGGCAGGUCUGAGCUACAGUAAGAUCAGGACUCGUGGUUCAAAUUACAGGUUCGAGGGGUUGGGUCCUGCUAUAAUUGUCUGUCCGACAACAGUGAUGCAUCAGUGGGUGAAGGAAUUUCAUACAUGGUGGCCUCCAUUCAGAGUAGCGAUUCUACACGAGACUGGCUCCUAUAACCACAGAAAGGAGAAACUAAUUCGAGAUAUUGCUCACUGUCAUGGAAUUUUAAUCACUUCUUACUCCUACAUUCGAUUGAUGCAAGAUGAUAUUAGCAGGCAUGACUGGCACUAUGUGAUCUUGGAUGAAGGACACAAAAUUCGAAAUCCAAAUGCUGCUGUGACCCUUGCUUGCAAACAGUUCCGCACCCCACAUCGCAUCAUCUUGUCUGGCUCACCGAUGCAAAAUAACCUCCGCGAGCUGUGGUCGCUCUUUGACUUUAUCUUUCCAGGGAAAUUAGGCACAUUGCCAGUGUUUAUGGAGCAGUUCUCAGUCCCCAUCACCAUGGGGGGAUAUUCAAAUGCCUCCCCAGUACAGGUUAAAACUGCUUAUAAGUGUGCAUGUGUCUUACGAGAUACCAUAAAUCCAUACCUGCUGCGGAGGAUGAAGUCAGAUGUCAAAAUGAGCCUUUCUUUGCCAGAUAAGAAUGAACAGGUCUUAUUUUGCCGUCUUACAGAUGAGCAACAUAAAGUCUACCAAAAUUUUAUUGAUUCCAAAGAAGUUUAUGGAAUUCUCAAUGGAGAGAUGCAGAUUUUCUCUGGACUUGUAGCCCUAAGAAAAAUCUGCAACCACCCUGACCUCUUUUCUGGGGGUCCCAAGAAUCUCAAAGGUAUUCCAGAUGAUGAAUUAGAGGAAGAUCAAUUUGGAUACUGGAAACGUUCUGGGAAGAUGAUAGUUGUUGAGUCCUUGUUGAAAAUAUGGCACAAACAGGGUCAACGAGUAUUGCUAUUUUCUCAGUCAAGACAGAUGUUGGACAUACUUGAAGUAUUCCUGAGAGCCCAAAAGUAUUCCUAUCUCAAGAUGGAUGGUACCACUGCAAUAGCUUCACGACAGCCACUGAUCACGAGAUACAAUGAGGACAUAUCCAUAUUUGUGUUUCUUCUGACCACUCGGGUGGGUGGCAUAGGAGUCAACCUGACAGGGGCAAACAGAGUCAUCAUCUAUGACCCCGACUGGAACCCAAGCACAGACACGCAGGCCCGGGAGCGAGCGUGGAGGAUAGGCCAGAAGAAGCAGGUGACUGUGUACAGGCUUCUGACUGCGGGCACCAUUGAAGAAAAGAUUUACCACCGACAAAUCUUCAAGCAGUUUUUGACAAAUAGAGUGCUGAAAGAUCCAAAGCAAAGGCGAUUUUUCAAGCCCAAUGAUCUUUACGAGCUGUUUACACUGACGAGCCCUGAGGCAUGCCAGGGCACGGAAACAAGUGCUAUUUUUGCAGGAACUGGCUCAGAUGUUCAGACAACCAAAUGCCAUUUAAAAAAAAAACUUCAACUCACCUUUGGAACAGACCAUAAUGUUCCAAUAUGCAAAGAGCACCCCAAUUCUAACGCACCUGCAAAUGAUGCCACAUCAUCUGAAGAGAAAUCUACAGCUAUAGGAGCCAAAGUAAAUGCAGUAACUUCUAAUCAAGGUGAUCCUUUGAAAGAUGCCCCUCCAGCACCUAGUAAUAGCAGUGAUAGACUUGGAGAAGAGACAAAUGCAGUGUCUAGCCUAGAGGAGUCAUCAGUGAUUAGUGGAAAUGGGGACUGUUCAAAUGCUCUAAGAGUCAGCAAAAUAUACAGGACAUCUGGUGAGGAAAGCAUCAAUGAAAAGCAAGGUCUUUCUCAUGAAAGAGAAAGCUGCCAGGUCCAAACAGAACCUCUUUGGGAGAAGAAACAAAUGGAAAAUAAUUUUUAUAAACACAAGUCAAAAACAAAACACACUGUGGCAGAAGAGGAGACACUGGAGAAACAUGUGAGGCCGAAGAAAAAGCCUAAGAACUCUAAGCAUCGCAGGGAUGCCAAAUUUGAGGGAACUCGAAUUCCACACCUGGUGAAGAAAAGGCGGUACCAGAAGCAGGACAAUGAGAACAAGAGUGAGACCAACAACCAGAGCAAUGACGACUAUGUUCUACAGAAGCUUUUCAAAAAAUCAGUUGGUGUGCACAGUGUCAUGAAACAUGAUGCCAUCAUAGAUGGAGCCAGUCCAGAUUAUGUCCUGGUGGAGGCAGAAGCCAGCCGAGUGGCCCAGGAUGCCCUGAAAGCACUGAGACUGUCUCGUCAGCAGUGUCUGGGAGCAGUGUCUGGUGUUCCCACCUGGACUGGCUGCAGGGGGAUUUCUGGUGCACCAACAGGAAUGAAGAGUAGAUUUGGUCAGAAAAGGAAUUCCAGCUUCCCUGUGCAGCAUCCUUCUGCUUCUCCAAAGGAGAAAUGCCAGAAUGGCAUCAUGACAAAGGAUGGAAAUGACAACGUUUCUAAGCAUUUUAGUGGAAAAGUAGAAGAUGCAGAGUCUUCAUCUGGGGUCCUCCCUUCAUCUUCACUGUUGGCUAAAAUGAGGGCUAGAAACCACCUGAUUUUGCCAGAGCAGUUAGAAGGUGAAAAUGUGCACCUUCAGGAGGCCUCUGCUCCACUGCCUUCCACCACAGAGCAUGACGACCUACUGGUAGAAAUGAGAAACUUUAUUGCUUUUCAGGCCCAUGUUGAUGGGCAGGCCAGCACUCAGGAGAUACUGCAGGAGUUCGAAUCCAAGUUAUCAACUUCACAGUCUUGUGUCUUCCGAGAACUAUUGAGAAAUCUGUGCAUUUUUCAUAGAACUUCUAAUGGCGAAGGAAUUUGGAAACUCAAGCCAGAAUACUGCUGAUCAAUAUUACUUUCUACACUUUUGACUGGCUUUUUUCUAAUGGAAAUUUCUAAUUAUUAAUCCUAUGAUUAAUAAUCAUGUUUGUCAACAAAAGAUGGCUUCAUUUGAUGUUUACUUUGAUCUCUACCUCAUAAUUGAAACUUUAAAAGAGAAGAAAUUAUUUUCUGAAACUUAAAAGUUUUAAAAAUGCUUGGGUUGAUUUUUUUUUUUCUUGGUUCUGUGAAUUAUGUUAUAAAAUCAGGGACCUAAAAGUUAAUCCUUGAAACACAUUUGUUCCUUUACCUAAAAGAUGGCUGUCAGAAAGCAUAUCACUACUCAUUUAGAAGUUUGUAGACCAGAAGUCUCAAGAAUUCUUUUUAUUGGUGCUAAAAACAUGUUUUAUAUUCAGUCAGACCUGUUCAAUAAGUUAACCAAUAUCUGAUAACAGCAUUAUUUUUGAUGCAUAGCUUUUAAAUUUAAGUUUAUCAUUUGCCACCCAAAAAAUAAGAUUUGUUAUGCUUUGAGUCAUAUUAACUGCCUUUAAAUGAUCUUCCUUUUAAGAUACUGUUAAACUGGCAGGUAUUUUCAUUAGUAAAGCAUGAAAUAGCUUAGUGAUAAAUGAUAAGAUGUAUUUGCAGAAAGUUGUAGUAUACUCAGUUUACACUGGCUUUACUUUAAGCAAAAGGCAUCUUUUUCAAACCCCUUACAAUAACUAUCUGUUGGUUUUAGGAAAAUGAAAUAUGUUAUCUUAAAAAGAAAAAAAAAACUCAAGCAGAACCAAAAAUAAGUACAAAUACAACAACCAACAGACAAACACAUGCACAUAAACAUCACUGCAGACUCCAGCCAUAGUGACCACCAUUCCAGCCUCUCUCUGUGUACAUGCUGGAAGGCAACUUAGAACCUUUUUUAUUUAAUUUAUCAUUUGCUUUCCUAAGGAUGCUGAUUACUGUAUAUUAGGCAUCACUCUUCUCCUUAUGUGUGGUCAUCUUUCCAUUUGUUUUUAUAUCUCUUUUUCUUUGUAUUUAUACUGACUCCCCUGUUGAAGAGUUUUAGUUUUCAGCUGCUGCAUUCUGUUUCUGACUAUUGUUUAUGUAUUUAUAGUUCUGUGGUUGUGUUGUUUUGAUCCUCUGUUUUCUGAGUCUUGUUUUUCUUGUUUCCUUCUUAUUUUAUCAUCUCAUCUCUGAAGUCUUUUCUUAAGUUCAUUGUAUUCCUUAGAUUUCUUCUAGAGCUGUCACAGUGUAAUUUGUUUGUUUCUUGUAUUUGUUUUCUCUGGCUUGCUGUUUUUCCUCUCUUUGAUUUUCUGGAUUAUGCUUGCCCUCCUCCCAUGCCAUGUCUUUUUACAUCUUGCUCAUCCUGACAGGGAACAGCUGUUUCCAGACCUAGGGGGAAGAGAUUUGGACUUGGGGGUCAGAGAGAGCCUCUACUGGGGCACCAUGAAGCUUGGGUUGGGGGAUGUGAGUUUUACUUUUCUGUUCUGAGAUUUUGUCAGAUAGCUGGGCCAGGAAUCUCUCCCCUUAGAUGGUUGAUGUCAUAAUCAGUCAUGAUGCCCACAAGGAUUUUCUGCUUUUUAAAGAUUUUGACUUGUUCAUUUUACUCUGUUUUUGGAAAGAUUUUAGAGGAAGAUGCUGUAAAUAUAGUGGUCUUAACAAUAUAGAGUAACUUAUUCAUUAAGAUAAAAUCUAAGUUUUAGAACUUUUUCAGAAAGCUUUGUACAAUAUAGAUAAUGUAUUUAAUGUUAUAUUGGUAUCAAGCUGCAAUAAUGGAUUUAAAAAUUUUGUGGAAUUCCAUAGUUCAUACAUGAAUGUACUAUUACUGUUUACAAGAUUUCAGGCAGUACUCUUUCUCCCAACCAUUCUUGCUCAUGUUCCAGAGAUAGAUUUGGUGCAUAUUCUUCCAAGCUAUUUUCCAUGUGUUUACAGAUACAUAUGGCAGAGGCUGCUGCUAUACUGUCCAGAUUUCCCUUCUUCCUUUAUUGAGAAGAUUCCUGAGUUUUACUGGACACAUGGCCGUUCAGCUACUAUAAGCUUCCCAGCACCUCCUAUAGUUAAUUGUAGCCACAUGACUAAGCAAUGGGAUGCGAAUAGAACUUCCAGCCCUUAAAUACGCAAGUGAAUGCACACUCAUAUUGACAUUCCCUGUUCUUGCUGGUUGAGAUGCCUGUGGCAGUUGAAGCAGUAAUAGGGGAGCCACAGAAACCAUGUGUAUAGGAUAGGGAAAUCAGCUUGCCAGUCUUGAACUGCUUUCCUUCCAUCUUUUAGUAAAAUAAAUUCUGGACUUGUUUAAACCACUGUCUUUUGGGGUCUCUUUAUUAUGACAGCUAGUUUUGUUUUAUAGAUGUGAUUUACAUAAAUGGGAUUAUAGCAUCCUUAUUUUGCAACUAACUUAUCAUUUAACAUUAUAUACAAGACACCUUUUUAUCCCUGUAAUUGUAAUUCUACCUUCAUGGAAUUGCUGGACUAAAAUUACGUAGGUUUUUUAUUUUAAUGGAUAUGGUGAAACUGCUUCCUUGAAUUCACACUCCCUUAAAAGAACCUAUUCUCCACAUGCUUGCCAAACAGUAGGUAGAAUCAGUCUUGGGAGUUCUGUUUUUGUCUUUUUAAAAUAAAUCUGUGUUUGAAAUGUCUUGUUUAAAUUUCCUUAAUUACUUAAAAAAACAAACUUUUCCAUAUUUUUUUUGCUAUUUGUAGAACCUCUAUUUUAUGUUUCCCAUUCAUGUCAUACUUGCCUUGUUUUACUAUUAGUUAUUUAUCUUUUAGGGUUCUCUCCAAAUAGAAAUGAAAAAGCAGUUGUCCCAACUAUUAUUGAAUAGUCUAUUCUCUUCUGCCCCUGUUUGAAAUGCCAAGUUCAUCAUAUACUAAGUUCUCUAUUUCUGGACAAUGGAUCUAUUCUACCAAUCAUACUCUUCACUGUCAUUUGAUAUUGUACUAAGUUCCCUGUCCUUUUUCCCCCUCUUUAGUGUCUUUUUUUUACAUUUUCUGUUACAGGUAAAUCUUAGAAUCAAUUUAAGUUUCACUAAAAUUGUGUUGCUCAUUUGGUUGGGAUUGUAUUAGUUUGUACAUGAGUUUGAGGAUAAUGGACUUAUUUACAAUUAAUAAAACUUUCCCAUUAGUACCAUAAUAGCCCUCUGUUAUUAAUUAAAGUAUUUUAUGUUCUUGGAUAAAAAUUUAAUAUCUUUCUUCAUAAAGGUCUCAACACAUUUCAGGCUUAUUCCUAGAUAUUUUAUAAAUUUUUAGUUUUGGUUGGGGCUUCUUAUAUUUCAGCAUAAAAAUGGGGAGAAUUAGAAAAUCCGUGUAUCUACUUUAUGAUGUUACUUAUCAUACAGAAGUUUUUAAUUUAGGUAGUCAAAUUCAGCCUUUCCAUGUUUUAUUCCCUAACUUAAUUAUUUCCCUAACCUAAAACAAUGAUUAUGUUUUCAUGAAUUCUCAUGCAGAUUCCACAUGACUAGUUAUUCCCCUAGCAACUUUUUUAAAAAGUCCAUCCAUUCUCUCCUGAUUUGUAAGGCCACCUCUAUCAUUAUAUCUAAUUUCCAUGUAAUUAUGGGAAUGGUUCUGGGCUCUGUAUUCUGUUAAAUUGAUUGAACUUUGCCAAUAACCUGCUGUUUUAGUCGUUGUAGCUUUACAAUUGGCUGUCAUAUGUAGUAGAGUAAUUCCUUUCAUUUUCCAAAAAUACCUUAGUUCUUGGACCUUUAUUCCAUAUAAAUUUUAGAAUCAACUUACCACAUAUGAUUUUGAUUUUGAAAUUGUAAUGACUACAGAUUAUUUGGGGAGAUAUGGUUCAUUAUAUUAAGUUUCCCGUCUAUGUAUAAGACAUCACUCCAUUUAUAUAUUAUAAAGAAAAUUCCAUUAUAACUUUCACUUAUAAGGUCAUGCACAUCUUAUAUUUAUUCCCAAUUAUCCUACAGUUUUGGUUGCUAUAGUAAAUGGCUUUUUAAAAAAAAUUUGUUUUCUAGUUUAAAAGAAUACUAUUGAUUUUUGCAUAUUGGUUUUAUAUCUAGCAGCCUUGCUGAACUCCUAUUAGUUCUAAUGGUUCUAUAAAUUGUCCUGUACAUAGCAAUCAUGUAAGGUGUAUAUAAUGACAACUUAUUUCUUCCAAUACUUACUACUUUCUGUAUUUCCAAUAUGAUAAUGAAUGUAAAUGAUAGUGGUUGACAUCCUUGACUUAUUUCUGACAUUGAAGAUAAACUUCUGGAGUUUUACCAUUCAGUACCCCAUUGCUGUUGUUUUCUAGCAGGUGCUCCUUAUCAAGUUAAGGAAAUGAUCUUUCUAAUCCCGAAUCCAGUGCUAAAUUUUAUUAAAUGUCUUUUCUGCAUCUAUUGA